GGCAGGGCGAUAGACGGCGCUGGAGAAGCCACGGGAGCACAACAAGAAUAAAUCUAUUUGCAUACCCUUACUACUUUAGUAUAUUUGUGAAUUCUAGCGCGUGCAAAAUAUAUCGAAAAUGUCGGGACGUCUUGCAAAGAAGAGGACAAAGACUUCCAAGUCGGCCCGAGCCGGUGUUUUAUUCCCCGUGGGGAGAAUGCAACGGUACAUGAAGAGGCUAACACACAAGUACCGUGUUGCGGCGGGUGCCCCAGUCUACAUGGCCGCUGUCAUCGAGUAUUUAAGCGCCGAGAUUCUAGAAUUGGCAGGUAACGCCGCACGAGACUAUAAGCGAGGUCGGGUGACGCCACGCCACAUUCUAUUGGCCGUAGGCAAUGAUGAGGAGUUGAAUCAACUGUUGAAAAACGUUACAAUAGCUCAGGGAGGCGUGUUGCCAAAGAUCCAGCCCGAGUUGCUGAAGCCAAAGAAGGGAGGGAAGUUCCAGACAUCUGCUCUCACACCGCCACUCAUUCCUCUCAGUUCUUCGACGGCCGGCGCCAAGAAGGCGCCCAAGGUCGCGGCGGGGAAGGUGUUGAAGUCCCUGCCUAAGAAAGCAACCGCCGCAACGAUACGGGCGAAGAAGCCUGUGAUGAAUGCAAAGGGGAAGGAGACGAAGCAGGAUGUGACGGGAGUGACAAUUCUCUCGGAGAAGAAGCUGUUCCUUGGGCAGAAGAUGACAGUUAUUCAAGGUGAUAUUGUAAAUGUCACAGCAGAUGCUCUCAUUCACCCCACAAAUGGGCAGUUCAGUCUCACAGGAGACGUCGGCUCAGCACUGGAGAAGGUCGGAGGCAAGGAGUUCCAGCAGGAGGUGCGAGACCUACUGGCCUCCAAUGGAUCCCUGGAUGUGGGCGGAGCGGCCAUCUGUAGUGGACACAAUUUCCUUGCCAAGUUUGUGAUCCACUGUCACCCUCCGGGCUGGGGCGGCGGCAACGCGCACCAGAUGCUGGAGAAGUGCAUUAAAAACUGUCUCGCCCUUGCGGACGAGAAGAACUUGAAGUCUGUCGCCAUUCCUGCCGUUUCACAAGGAGCUAACGGUUUUCCGAAGCAAGCGGCGGCUCAGGUGAUUCUGAAAGCCAUCUCCAACCACUUUGUCACGACGAUGUCAUCAUCACUGAAGCAGAUAUAUUUUGUCCUGUGUGACAUGGAAAGCAUCGGCAUCUACACCAGCGAGCUCGCCAAGCUCGACUCGUAAUCACCACCAUUGCAGCAAGGACAUGGAAGCAGACGCCGCGAAAGCACACCUGAUUGGCCGAGGCGUCGACCGCGGAACUCCGCCGGAUUCCCCGGAAUCGAGCACCGUUUCUGCGGAAUGGAAAUGCCGCGUGCGAAGUUUUCGCGUGAUUCGUUUUGGUCGCCAUGAGAUACCCUUUUUAAGAUGGAGGUGCUUGUGGGGAGGAAUUGUAGAGGGCACCUGGUUGAGAUGGGUUCAGGUGAUUGCUUUCCCCGCGUCUGCAUCUUGUAUCUUUGUCGCUGAACUCUUUGCUCGUCUUCAUGUGAGACACACGGAUGAAUCAUGCCUGAAACUGUACGCAUCAUACUACCAGAAAGGGAAGGGAUAG